AUGGAGGUGGCUCUUAAAAGAGCCUUUGGGGGAUUUUCGAGUUCAGGUCAUCCUCAUUUAUGCGCGCUCUCCACGAAUACGGCGGGCCAGCUGGAUGUCCUUGGGCAUGAUGGUCACCCGCUUGGCGUGGAUGGCGCACAGGUUGGUGUCCUCGAACAGGCCGACCAGGUAAGCCUCGCUAGCCUCCUGCAGGGCCAUCACGGCGGAGCUCUGGAAGCGCAGGUCGGUCUUGAAGUCCUGGGCGAUUUCUCUCACCAGGCGCUGGAAGGGCAGCUUGCGGAUGAGUAGCUCAGUGGACUUCUGGUAACGACGGAUCUCUCUCAGAGCCACGGUGCCGGGCCUGUAACGGUGAGGCUUCUUCACACCGCCGGUGGCCGGGGCACUCUUGCGAGCAGCCUUAGUGGCGAGCUGCUUCCUGGGGGCUUUGCCACCGGUGGAUUUGCGAGCGGUUUGCUUGGUUCUGGCCAUGGCGCGUCUCUGCAUUUCGAGGCUAUACUCCCGACUGUCAGUGUGCUUUUGCCAGCGCGCAGUGUGUAGUUGUGUGCAGGCAGUGUACUAUUGGCCUCGUUUGCGAUAACAGGCUAGCAUUAAAAUAUAACACAAGAUUUCACUCUUGACUUUGACGACUAUUAUUGCGCGCAAAGGGCCAGCAGUGUGCUAUUGUACGCACGCGCUUAGUGGACUAUUGUUUUUGGCGCGCAGUGUAUUGUGUUGGGCGCGCGGUCCUAAAAAAAAAAGAAGAAAAGCAUCCCUUCCAGUAACCGACAGAGGAGUCCUCCGCAACGGGCCAAUCGGGGUGGUGGGGAGAUGGUGUCCAAUCAGCAGAUGCCACUGCCGGCUUUAUACAUUUCACAUGGGCAUUUCAAGGCUAUACUCCGACUGUCAAAGAAGGAAGCAAGCGCCAUGGCCAGAACCAAGCAAACCGCUCGCAAAUCCACCCGUGGCAAAGCCUACAGGAAGCAGCUAGCCGCCAAGUCUGCGCGCAGGAGCGCCUCCCCGUUACGAGCUCUGCCAGCGCCUGGGGAGAAAAAUCGCCCAGUUCUUCAAGAUCGACCUGCGCUUCUAGAGCUCCGCCGUGAUAGCCCUGCAGGAGGCUAGCGAGGCUUACCUGGUCGGUCUGUUCGAGGACACCAAACUGUGUGCCAUCCACGCAAAGAGGGUGUCCAUCGUGCCCUAG